AUGAGCAGUACGCAACGUUAUAAAAUAUCCAUGGUAACAACAGGCGAUUUGAACAAGCCAGCACAGUUUGUACACGCAGAAAGUCCGGUGUGGGAUCCAGAUUCACAGUCGCUUUAUUUCGUCGACGCCUUGCAACAAAACAUUCAUCGACUAGAUUAUGCAUCUGGAGAGAUAUAUACUAAGCAUAUUGGUUACGGUCAAGUCAAUGUAGUGUGCCUCGUGACGGGGUCCAGCCGGCUGCUGGUGGCUGUGCGCUCCUCACUUUAUCUGUUGGAUUGGAAUGUACCUGGUGAUGAUGCCCUCCGCCUGCUCACUACAGUUGAUGUGGGUUUGCCCGAUAAUCUUAUCAAUGAAGGGAAGGCUGAUGCCGAAGGAAGGUUCUGGUUAGGUACAAAAGGCCCGCAGACAGGUGACGACGUGCUCCCAGAUAAAGCUACUUUUUACAGUGUGGACCAUCUAACAUUUCAAUAUCCACGUGUUCAGUUACGACCCGUUUCUAUCUCCAAUGGAUUCACUUGGUCUUUAAAUAAUACUGUUAUGUAUUACAUAGAUUCACCGACACAGAAAAUUGAAGCGUUUGAUUUCAAUGUGUAUACUGGGGAAUUAACUGGAAGAAGGACCAUCUUAGAUAUAUCAAGCUAUGGUUACGAGGACGCCAUACCAGAUGGAAUGACAAUAGAUAGUCAAGGCUACCUUUGGGUAGCUGUAAUGUUUGGUGGAACGGUUUUACACAUCGAUCCCGACAAUAGGCAAAUAGUGUACGGUUAUAAGUUACCAGUGUCUCGUAUCACUUCGCUAUGCUGGGGAGGGCCUAACUUAGACGAGUUAUUUGUAACCUCUUCGAAGGAUCCAUUAAACAAAGACGACCCUGUAGGAGGAGGGAUAUUCUCUAUAAGAGGGACGGGAAGUGAAGGAGUGCCUCUGUACACGUUCCGAUUUUAUAAUGCUGAUAACUAU